AUGCGCCUCACUGAUCUUCUAAAAGAUCAAGCUAAAUACGUGUCAAAGAUGGAUAAGACAUACUUACCAAUCCUGAAGCAACUGCUUGAUGACGACCAAGACAAUGAUGAGUCGGAGCGGCAGCAGCUCCUGCAGGAGUUCCAGGACAUAGUCGGUACCAUCAUUCUUCUCGCCACGCCACUUUCCUCAAGUACACUAUCGAAGUUUCUUGAGAUACGGGAAGGCCAGAUCAGAAAUCGAUUAGAUUCAUUCCAGUCUGUUCUCAGAAUUCCUAAUGACCGAGACCUACCCGUGACGAUUCUACACCUGUCCUUCCGAGAUUUUCUAGUGCAAUCCCGAAGCGAAUUUCGUGUGGACGAGCCGAAUAAACACAAGGAAAUCACUAAAUACUGUCUCCAGACGAUGCACAAAUUUCUGCGAAAGGAUAUUAGCAAUCAGCAAGAUCCUGGAAUGCUAAGGGCUGAGAUCGAUCAUCAAUUCAUCCAGCAGUAUUUACCACUGGAAUUACAAUACUCUUGUCACUACUGGGUGCACCAUAUUUCACAAAGUAACUUCUCUUCCUUGGACCUUGGAUAUGUGUGGGAUUUCCUUCAGGAGCAUUUUCUCCAUUGGGUUGAAGCAAUGAGCCUACUAGGUCUGAUAUCUAAUGUGGUAGAGAUGAUUAAUCUCCUCCUGAAGAUUGUACCGAUAGUUGAUGUGGCCCCACUUCAAAUUUACUGCGCAGGGCUAAUCUUUGCCCCCCGAACAUCAAAAAUCCGUGAACAGUUCGAGAUCCAUCUGCCCGCUUGGAUUUGCCGACUACCUCAAGUUAGGGACGUGUGGGGUGCUGAAUUGCAGACUCUCGAGGCCCAUCUAGAACGUGUAACAUCAGUGGCUUUCUCACCGGAUGGCCAGUUGCUAGCCUCUGGCUCUCGGGAUUCUACAGUACGUCUCUGGGAUAUGACGACAGGUACACUGCAACAGACUCUUGACGGCCAUACAGGUGCGGUCACAGCGGUAGUCUUCUCGCUGGAUGGUCAGUUGCUAGCCUCUGGCUCUUGGGAUUCUACAGUACGUCUCUGGGAUAUGGCGACGGGCACACUCAAGCGGAGUCUCGAGGCCGAUGUAGGCCAGGUUACGUCGGUGAUCUUCUCGCGCGACAGCCAGAUACUAGCCUCUGGCUGUGCAGAUUAUACGGUAUGUCUCUGGGAUAUAACGACGGGUACACUACAGCAGACUCUCGAGGGCCAUCUAGAACGUGUAACAUCAGUGUCUUUCUCACCGGAUGGCCAGUUGCUAGCCUCCGGAUCCGCAGAUCACACAGUGCGUGUCUGGGACGUAAUGACAGGCAUACUUAAGAAAACUCUCGAUGCGUAUUCAGGUCAGGUUGGGUCAGUGGCCUUCUCACCGGCCGGCCCGCUACUAGCCUCUUCCGCAGGUCAGACCAUACACCUCUGGGACAUCAGGGCCGGCACAAUACAGCAGACUCUCAAGGCGCAUUCACUCGAGGUAAAUUCGGUAGCCUUUUCGCCUAACGGUCAGCUACUAGCGUCUGGUUCGGAGGAUGAGACCUUACGUCUAUGGGACACAGCGACGGGUACGCUACAGUAUACUCUCAAGUCGGAACAUGUUCUCGAUGGCGCAUACAACUCGAUUUUGUCGGUGGCCUUCUCGCCUAACGGUCGCCUAAUAGCCUCUGGCUCCAUGGAUGAGGCGGUGCGUCUCUGGGACAUAACGACGAGUACGCCACAGCAGACUCUCGAGAACGAUUCAGAGUCGUUUAUGGCGGAGGUUUUCUCGCCCGAUAACGCGCCACUAGCCUCUAGCUCUGCGGAUGGAAUAGUCUAUCUAUGGGAUAUAGUGAUGACGAACGAGCCACAGCAGACUCUGAAGUACCAUUCAGACUUUAUUCAAUCGGUCGCCUUCUCGCCGAAUGGCCAGCUAUUGGCCUCUGGCUCCUAUGAUCAGACUAUACAUCUCUGGGACACGGCGACAGGUUCUCUACAGAAUAUUCUCCGGGGCCAUUCACAUAUACUUAACUCGGUAGCUUUCGCGCCAGACGGCCAGCUGCUAGCGUCUAGCUCCGCAGACCAGACUGUCCGUCUCUGGAACACAGCGACGGGUGACCUACAGCAGACUCUUAGCCAUUCAGACGAUGUUUGGCCAGUAGCUUUCUCGCCAGAUAGCCGGCUACUAGCAUCUGGCUCUCUACAUAAUAUCGUGUGUCUCUGGGAUACAGCGACGGGUACACUACAACAGACUCUGAAAGCCCACACAGAGGGGGUUCGGUCACUAGCCUUCUCACCGGAUGGCCAGCUACUAGCCUAUGGCUCUAGAGAUAAUACUGUGAAUCUCUGGAAUAUAGCGAUGGGCACAAUGCAACGAAUUCUCAAGGGCCAUCUCAACAUGAUUGAGUCGGUGGCCUUCUCGCUGGACGGCCGUCUACUAGCGUCUAGCUCCGCAGACCAGACCGUCUGUGUCUGGGACGUGUCGACAGGCGCAAAACAGCAGACUAUCAAUUGCUAUGCGUUCAUCAACGAUAUUGCAUUUGCUCAGGAUGGUUCGCAUCUGAUCACGAAUAUAGGCUUCCUUGAUUUUCAGCCGGGCCGUGAUGAACAUGAGCCGGGUUCAACUCACCGGAAUCUGGAAAUUGGUCUUGACCAAGAACAUUGGAUAAAGCUUAACGGUAAAAGGGUGAUAUGGCUCCCUUCUGAGUAUCGGCCGACCUGUUCUGCAGUUAAAGGCAAUUUGCUUGUUCUAGGACACGCGUCAGGGCACAUUUCCUUCAUGGAGUUUUCUGUGCAGUGA